GGAUGCAAGCUGCCAUUAAAACCCAAAGAAGAAGUUGUCUGACGCCCAGAUUAUCGGAAUCUUCUGCGUUUUGCUACAAACUUGUAGAAAUGAGAUGAUGUAAAUGUACUGGUUCAUCUUUCAUAACAUAUAAACAUAUGUAUUAUGGAUCAGAUUAAUGAGUGAUCACAGUCGGUUUAAAGUCGCUCUGUUGGUGUUUAUUCGGUUUUGUGUCAGUCGGGUGCAGGUGGGUGCGGUUCAGAAAAAACAUUCACUCAACAGAAGAGAUUCAGACCUUUAAUUGCGAUUAAAUGUCUUUUAUCAAGUCAAAACUUCCUGCAAUUAACAACAAUAUGAAGAACACGUUCAAAACCCUUCUGUUCAUAUCACUCAUGUGCGGUGUCUUGGGUGCAGAUGAAAUAAAGACAGUGAUGGAGGGAGAUUCUAUCACUCUACAGACUGAUGAUACUGAAAUACUGACAUAUAAUCUGAUACUGUGGAGGUUUGAAGGCGUUACCAUAGCUCGAAUCACUAAAGGUGAGAUCAAAAAUGUUACUGAUGGGAGAUUUAGAGGAAGACUAAAGCUGGAUCAACAGACUGGAUCUUUGACCAUCACAAACACCAGAACCAACCACUCUGGAGUUUAUAAAACAGAAAUCAGCACCAGCAGCACAGGGACAAUGGAGAAGAGUUUCACUGUUAUAGUCUAUGAUUUCCCACCUGUGAUUGAUCCCGGUAGAAGUGAAGUGAAGUCAGUGUCAGUGAUUGAGGGAGGAUCUGUCACUCUAAACACUGAUAUUAAACCACAUGGAGAUGAGCUGAUAGUGUGGAGGUUUGGAGAUAUUCUCAUAGCUAAAGAUGAUAAAGAAAACAAUAAGACCUCAUUCUAUCCUGAUGAGAGAUUCAAAGAGAGAAUACAGCUGGAUCAGACUGGAUCUCUCAUCAUCAGAGACAGCAGAACCGCAGACACUGGAGAAUAUAAACUAAAGAUCAGCAGCAGCAACAGAGAGACGAAAUACAAGAGAUUCAGUCUUUAUGUGAAAGAUUCCGGUCUGUCUGCAGGUGCUAUAGCAGGAAUAACUGUUGGUGUUGUUGUUGGUGUUGGUGUUGUUGGUGUUCUGAUCGUGGUUGGAACUGUAACUGCUUUUGCUGGUGUGAUGUACUGUCAGCGCAGGAUCUAUGAACAAAAAAUAAAAAAGGAUAUAGAUCGGUGGAGGGCAGUGUUCAUGAUGAAGGGAGAAUCUGUCCCUCUAAUCACUGAUGAUGCUCAUAUAAAGACAGAUGAUGUGAACGUGUAUCAUGGAGAGACUCUCAUAGCUGAAAUCAGAAGAGGGGAGAUCACAUCACCUGUUAAAGAUGAAAUCAGAGAGAGACUGAAGCUGGAUCAUUACACUGGAUCUCUCUUCAUCACAAACACCAGACGCACAGACUCUGGACUUUAUAUACUGAAGACCAUCAACAGAACUAGAGAGAUCUCAUAUAAGAGAAUAAAUGUUACUGUCAGAGAUGCAGUGAUCUCAAAUACAGUAAUGAAGGGAAAUUCUGUCUAUCUAUACAGUUAUGUUACUGAACUGCAGAAAGAUGCUGAUGUAGUGUGGAGAUUUAAAAACACUGUCAUAGCUGACAAAAAACAAAACGACGAAACGAUCUCAUUACGUCAGGAUGCUCUUAAUGGGAAAUUCAAACAGAAUCUGCUGGUGGAACAACAGACUGGAUCUCUCUCCAUCAUAAACAACAGAAUGGAUCAGUCUGGAGAAUACGACCUGAAGAUCAACAGCAGCAGAGUAAAUGUACACCAGAUAUUCUAUGUUUCUGUCAUUGAUGAAGUAAUCUCAAAGAUAGAAAAGAAGGGAGACUCUGUCUAUCUAAACAGCGAUGUUACUGAACUACAGAAAGAUGCUGAUGUAGUGUGGAGAUUUAAAAACACUGUCAUAGCUGACAAAAAACAAAACGACAAAACGAUCUCAUUACGUCAGGAUGCUCUUAAUGGGAAAUUCAAACAGAAGCUGCAGGUGGACCAACAGACCGGAUCUCUCACCAUCACAAACAGCAGAACGGAUCAAUCUGGAGAUUAUGACCUGAACAUCAACAGCAGCAGAGUAAAUGUACAGAAGAGAUUCUAUGUUUCUGUCAUUGACCCUUCCAGAUCAGUGAUGUCUAUUCUGCCUUUUAAUGAAGCGAAUGAGAUGGAUGGUUUGAUUAAUAUCGAGUCUGCUGAUGGAGUGAAUGAGUCUGAUGGUUUGAUGAAUAAUGCCGCUGAUGUCGGAGUGAAUGAGAAACAGGGGACGAGUUCUGUUUAAGUUAAAGAGAUUCUCAACAGCACUGGUGUAAAUCACUGUUACAUCAUCAACAUUCAAAUUCCAUCUACAAAAACAUAUUUCUCAUUUUAAUGUCUCGAUAAAUUCGUCCUGUAAAAUGAGAGAUCAACAUACGCUGUUAAACUCUGAAACGAAAGUGUAAAAAGUGUCUUUGGUUUUUGAUGAACCAUUUUCAAUUUGUUUUUGCCAUUCACACGUAUCAAUAAUCAAAUCCUGAUCUUUGAUAUACAAUGUUUAUCGAUUUGGUUUUAUACAUGUACAGUAACGUUUGACUCUCAUAUCUUCUAUAUUGUGAGUGUAGACUGCACACUUUAAAUAUCUAAUGAGAAAUGUUACACAUUAUAUAAGAUUAUCCACAUAUACAACAUCAGUAUUCCUCAAAGCAUUGUGUUUUUAUUAAUCUGACACCACUAACAGGUUAAUGUUUAGUUUUAGUUCAGUGUAUUUUACAGGAUACAUUUGAACACUCACGUCCAGUGACUUACAGUGUUGUAUCCUGAGACAACAUUGAGUUAUAAUGCUUUUAUUAAAGAAAUUAUCAAACCGCAAGUUUCUAUUCUUUUAGUCUUUUUAUUUUACUUUGUGAUGAGCUUUAAUAUUUUCAACUGUGUGUCUUGUUUUCUGCUAUAUUGAAUAAUUGCACUUGUUUAUUUUAUCUGGUAAUAUUGAGUGUUUUUUUUUAAGUCUGUCUGAGAAUGUGAUCUGGAUUGUGAGUGUUUUAAAUACUGUCUGAAUAUUUCUGCUCUCUAAACUGUGAUUACUCUUUUACUUCAGUAUUAACAGCUGUUCUGAUGUGAAAUAAAUACAAGCUUUGUUUUAACUUCAGCUUCAACUAAUCCUACCAAAUAUGCAUGUAUGGAAAUCUGUAUUAUGACAAAAAUAAAUAAAUAAAUAAAAAAGGUCAAUUAUG